AUGAGUGCAUUUUAUGGCUGCAUAUUUCUUAAUGAUUUGUCUAUUGACAAUGCAAAUGAAAAUUUUCGCAUGGUGAACAAAUGUUUUUAUUCAUCUGAUCUUAAAAUUUUUUGUGGGGCAAAUUCAAAUGAAAUAGAUGUUAUUUUAUUAUCUCAAAUAGAAGAAAUACAAGACUUUUCAUUCUUUGGUUCCAAAGUUAAAACAUUAGUGAUUCCUUCAUCAGUUAAAAGGAUUGGAAGAUUAGCAUUCUGUUACUCAGUGAUUCAAGAAAUAACUUUCCCUGAUGAUUCACAACUAGAAAUUAUUGAUGAAGGUUCGUUUGCAUAUUGUUUUAAUCUUAAUUUAAAUCUUUCUUCAUUACAAAAGUUAUCAGCAAUUAAGACUCAUUCUCUUUCAUUUUGUAAUUUACUUGGAUUUCCAGAGAAUGAUGUUUAUAAAGAAAUAUACCAAUUUUAUUUUAUGAUGCCAUCAAUUGAAAUACCAUCGCAAAUUACAUUCAUUCAUGAUGAUGCGUUUUCUUUUGCUCCAUAUCUAUCAAAUAUUAAUUUUAAAGGAGAAAGCAAUUUAAUUGUGAUUGGAAAAAAUGCUUUUAGUGGAAGUAAAUUAUUUAAAAUUGAGAUCCCAAAAUCUACUGUGAUAAUCAAUGAUCGCGCAUUUUAUGGAUGCUUAAAUUUAAAAUAUGUCAUUUUUAACGAAGAUAGUAACUUAAAGUUUAUUGGACAAGAAGUAUUCUUAUUAUGCAAUAUUGCAUUGUUUUAUAUCCCAAAAAAUGUGAUGAAUAUCAGCUUGAAUGCUUUUAAUAUCUCCAGCAAAGUACAAAUCAAAAUUUCUUCUUUAAAUUCGCCCAUAUAUUUUGACAGUGGUUGCUUGAUUACAGAUCGAAAUCAAACUAUCUAUCAAUACAGGUACACAAAUAAUAUUGAAUUAUUUUUCUUAAUUCUAGAACAUACAAAUGAAAUUAGAAAAGAUUCAUUUCGUAAUUGUUUAAUAGAUAAAUUACUAAUCCCAAAAAAUGUAAUAAAAAUUAAUGACUAUGCCUUCUUCAAUUGUUCAUUGAAAGAAAUUGAAAUUGAAGAAAAUAGUCAGCUCAAUGAGAUUGGGUCGUUUGCAUUUUCUUUUACGAAUAUUACUAAUUUUACUAUUCCAAAAUAUGUAACUAAAAUUGGAAGUUCUGCUUUUUUAGAAUCAAAGCUUUCUAUAUUAAAUUUUGCCAUAGAUUCUCAAAUAUUAGAAAUAUCUCAAAAUGCAUUCGAGAAUUGCAAAAUUUCAACUAUCGUCUUUCCAUCCUUUCUUAAAAUAAUUGGCCAAUCUGCUUUCAAGAUGCCUAACUCUUUAAAAAAUAUUUCAUUUAAUGAUAAUUCUCAAUUAGAUAUGAUUGGUGAUAAUUCUUUUGAAUCAACUCCUAUUGAAUCUUUUCAAAUUCCACACAAUGUAAGAUCUAUCGGACAUUUUGCAUUUAGUAAAUGUAGUUUAUUGAAAAAUAUCACAUUUGAAGAUAAUAGUUGCUUGGAAAUAAUAGGUAAUUAUUCUUUUGAAUCAUUACCAAUCAGUUCAAUUCGAAUUCCUUCAUCUGUGAGAAUUAUUGGUUCAUAUGCUUUCAGUAGAUGCAAUUCAUUAACAGAAAUAACUUUUGCAGAAAAUAGUAUAUUAGAAGAGAUUGGCGAUCAUUCUUUUGAAUCAUUACCAAUCAGUUCAAUUCGAAUUCCUUCAUCUGUGAGAAUUAUUGGUUCAUAUGCUUUCAGUAGAUGCAAUUCAUUAACAGAAAUAACUUUUGCAGAAAAUAGUAUAUUAGAAGAGAUUGGCGAUCAUUCUUUUGAAUCAUUACCAAUCAGUUCAAUUCGAAUUCCUUCAUCUGUGAGAAUUAUUGGUUCAUAUGCUUUCAGUAGAUGUAAUUCAUUAACAGAAAUAACUUUUGCAGAAAAUAGUAUAUUAGAAGAGAUUGGCGAUCAUUCUUUUGAAUCAUUACCAAUCAGUUCAAUUCAAAUUCCUUCAUCUGUGAGAAUUAUUGGUUCAUAUGCCUUUUCAAAAUGUAUUAAAUUAAUAGAUGUAAAAUUAAGCGAUAAUAGCCAGCUUUUGAAAAUUCUUGAUUAUGCAUUUACUUCCACAAAUGUAUCAAUAUUUUCUAUUCCAUCCUCAUUAAUUAUUUUAGGAAAUGGAUCUUUCUUCAUUUCAAAUUUAUCAAUAAUCACGUUUGAAGCUAAUUCAAAACUCCAGUAUAUUGGUUAUUAUGCAUUUUAUAAAACAUUAAUUAAAUCAAUUCAAAUACCUCCCUUCGUUGAUUUUAUUGGAUAUAAAGCUUUUGGAUAUUUAAAGAUAGAUAACAUCACAUUUUUAAAUAAUACAAGAUUAAUUGAAAUUUCGAAAGAUGCCUUUUCUUACAUCAGCGUCCCAACCCUCAUCAUUCCAAAUGUCUCUGUAAUUGGAAGUUUUUCAUUUUCAAAUUCGAAAAUAAAUUCUAUUUUAAUUCCUAGAACAGUGAAUAUUAUAAGUUAUUAUGCAUUCAGGGAUUCAAUAAUUGAAAUGAUUACUUUCCAAAGCAAUUCUAAAUUAUUAAAAAUUUCCGAGGGCGCUUUCUAUUAUUGUCAAUUGAGCUCUAUAACAAUUCCUCAUUCUGUUGAGAUCAUUGAGCGGAGGGCAUUUUUUAGUUCAACUUUAGAAAAUGUUUUAAUUGAAAAUGAUUCCAAUUUAACUGAAAUCGGAAAUGAGGCAUUUGCAAGUUGCAUAAAAAUGAAUAACUGGCAUGUCCCAGAUAAGUCAAAAAUAACAAUUAUUAAUAAUGGUUUAUUUCAAUAUUCAUACAUAAUGUCAAUCAAAAUACCAGCUAAAAUAGUGAAAAUUGGGCGAUAUAGUUUUUCCAACUGUCAGAAUUUAUCUCAUUUAGAGUUUGAAAAUGAGUCUCUUUUGAAUAUCAUCGAUUAUGCAGCAUUUGGCAAUUGUAAUAUUUCCAAUUUAAACCUUCCGUGCGCAGUAACAGAAAUUCAUGAUUUGGCAUUUAGCUCUUGUAGGAAUCUUGAAUUUGUAAUAUUUCCAUCAAAUAGUCAAUUAUAUAAAUUUAGUCCUAGUGCAUUUCGUGAAACAAAAAUUGAGCAACUUCUAAUCCCUCCUUCCGUUCAAAUUCUAGAAAAUGAUUCUCCAAUUAAACCUUAUGAUUACCAUAUCCAGCCUCCAUUGAGUUUUUCAGAUAAUUGUCAAGUUAAAAUAAUAGGAGAUAACGCAUUUUAUAAACAUUCAUUCAAAUCAAUUAUUAUACCCUCAUCUGUAACAAAAAUUGGGGAAUAUUCAUUCUCAUCCAAGUAUCUAUCAUUAAUCACAUUUUCAGAAAGCAGUCAAUUGAUCGAAAUUGGAGAAUAUGCAUUUUCAGAAUCAAACAUAUCAUCAAUUGUCAUACCAUCAUCAGUAAAAACCAUCAACAAUUUUGCAUUUUACAAAUGCCAAAAUUUGAGAAAUAUUUCAUUUCAAGCAAACAGUCAGCUUGAAAAUAUCGGAACUGAUUCGUUUAAAGAAACAACGUUAUCACUAUUUACAAUGUCCAGCAAUUUGAGAUAUUUUCCGCAAAUUAUAUUAUACAAUUCAACGGAAAUUAUUUUUGAAAUUGAUGCAGAAAAUGAAUAUUUGAAUGUUGUGGAUAAUAUAGUUUAUUCAAAAGAUUUUAAAGAAGUUUAUAGAUUUCCAUCUGCAAAAGAAGAGAUUUUCAUCAAUGAAAGUGUUGAAAUUAUUGGUGAAUAUGCAUAUUGUGGAUGCACGAUGACAAAAAUUACGAUACCGUCUAAAGUUUCUGUUAUUAAAUCACAUUCCUUUGAAAACUGCACGUUUCUACACGAUGUUGAAUUUUCGGCAUCUUCUCAAAUCACAAAAAUAGAAAAGUAUUCAUUUGUAAAUACAUGUAUCAAAGAUGUUUAUCUUCCAGAUUCUAUAAAAUUUUGUGAAUUAGAGGCUUUUGACAAUUCUACAAAUAUACAUCUAUCACAGAAUAGCAAUUGCUCGAAUAUUGAAUUUUAUACUAAUAUUUCUUCUAAAAUUUUUAUUCCCAAGCAAAUUCAUGAAAUCCCUGAUUACAGAUUCUUCAAAUAUAAACUCCUAAUUCAAGUUGAAUUUCCACUAGAUAGUGAAUUGAAAGUUAUUGGAGAGUAUUCAUUCUCAGAAACAGGUAUUGAGAAUAUAUCAAUUCCUAGAUCUGUUGAAGUUAUUUCUUCAUAUGCAUUUGCUAAUUGCCUUAAUCUUACCGAACUAGUUUUUGAUAAUAAUUGUAAUUUAAUAACAAUCGGUUCAUAUUCUUUUUCAAAAACAAACAUUAAAAAUAUUGAAUUUCAAGCACAAAAUUAUGCAAUUCAAAAUUAUGCAUUUUCAGAUAUUUCAUCGUUAAAUAAUGUGACUUUUAUUGAAGGAAAUUAUACACCACUUUUGUAUUCCAAUUGCUUCCAAUCAAGUUCAAUUAAAUUUUUAAUCAUUCCUUCUUUAUUCAAAAAUGUUGAAAGCGGUGCAUUAUCAUAUUGUGCAAUAUCAUUUUUAUAUACUAGUGAAUUUUUAAUAUUCAAUAAUGAUACCCCCGUUGGUCUGAAUGGCAAUUGGAUUGUAAAUUAUACAAUCCCCAGCAACAUAAAAUAUAUUAGAUUCCCUCAGCAAACUUUUAGUGAUUUAAAGCUAUGUUUAAUCUUAGAAGGAUCAGAAGUGCAUCUUGAAAAUCAGAUAUUUAUGUAUACUGGAUUAGAAUAUAAAAUUAACAAAAGGUUCAAGUUCUAUGCUAAGAGUGUUUUCGAUUUAUUUACAAUUUUUCAGAUCCCAUAUACGCUCAAUGAUAAUUUAGUAAUUGAUCCGCAAAACAGAAUUGUUUUAGAUUAUUAUGGGUACCAAGAAUUCAUUCAAAUUCCGGAUACCAUUGAGAAAAUUGCUUCUCAUGCAUUUGAAAAUUUGAGUAUUAAAGCUGUUUCUUUUAAUGAGAACAUCAAACAAAUCGAGUAUCAUGCAUUCUACAAUUGCUCAGAACUUAUUUCAGUUUACUUCCCUGAAAAUUCUAAGAUAGAAUAUAUAUCGGAAGCAGCGUUUGGAAACUGCCCAAAGUUACAAUACAUUUCAGAUUUCACAUCCGAAAAAUACAAAUGUGUUAGUGAUACAAUAUACAGAUUAGAAGAUGACACCAGUUAUGAAACCAUCAUUGCACAUGCACCAAUGUCAAAAGAAACGAACAUUGAUAUCAAAAGCAGAAUAAUUGGCGAAGCAUCAUUUAUGUGUUCAUGGAAUCUCGAAGAUGUCUUUAUCAAUCCAAAUACAGUCAGACAGAUCAAUAGAUAUGCAUUCUUCAACUGUACAAAUCUCAAAACAAUCAACUUCCCAAUGUGCGUUUCAUCAGUUUAUGAAUUCUCAUUCCAAGAAUGUAAUUCAUUAGAGAACUGUCUUAAUAUCGAUAAUCAUCUCAGAUCUUAUCUUAUUAUGCUUUCACGAUCAGGGAUCCCUCAUCGUUCAACCGUUGUAUAA